CCGGCGGCAAACGGGUUCAAAGUUCUGGAAACCAUUGACAAAUCAACAUUCGAGCACGCAACCAUCUCAUCAGCCUCUCAACCUCAACUCGGGCACUCACAUUAUCCGCGGCCAUUUGCAAGCACAGUUCAGCCAUUCUUUCCAUCAUGGCGACCCCUGCUGCUCAGAUGCCGUCAGUCGAGUCUUGUCCUGCUCCGGCAGUGUCGGCUCAGGCCACCGAAGCCACCUCCAAGCCCAAGCCCUGCUGUGUGUGCAAAGAGGAGAAGUCCAGGCGCGACGAGUGCAUGCUCUUCUCCAAGUCUGCCGACCCCCAGAAGGACUGCCAGUCAACAAUAGAGCAGUACCGGAGCUGCAUGGCUGGGUUCGGUUUCAAGGUUUAGAUAUACGGGGCUAAGAGAUAGCUUGGGCUGCGACCAUCUCAUGUACACUACACGGCGUUUCAUGUACAAAACGAAGGGUUGUUAGACUUUGGCUUGAUGAUAACAACUUCACAACUCGUCUCAAGCUCACAUCGGCAACUCCCGGGAUAGCAUUUUAAGC